AUAUGUCCCUAUCAUCUUCUUCUUUGUGCUCCUGUAAUUUCCCAACCUUUGAAGUCAAACACAACUUAUUAUCACCAACCCUCUUUCUCUUCAUAACUUCCUAGAGCUGUUUUUUAUGCUCUCUGACAAAGAUUCUUCUAUGAUCAAGUGCUGAAAGGGGUUUUACAGGAUUUUAUGUUUUGGUUAUGCUUUCAUUUUUAUUUGGAAUAUAGUUGAAUUGUUGAAUUCUUUAAGUACGGUAUUUGGUGGAAGUUAAUUGAGAAGCCAAUUGAUUUGAUUGUGAGUUUCAUAACUCGAUGGGGCGUGUGCCAAAGAUGAGAUGAUGAUGGAAGGAUUGAAGAAUAGGAUUUCAAGACUUGCUGAAUGUUUCAUAAUUUGCCUUAUUAUUCUUAUACGAUCUACUUUUGCACAAACAGGAUUUGUGAGCAUAGCAUGCUGUGCUGAUUCAAGUUUUAGCGACGGAAAUAUAAGUUGGGUACCAGAUGAUAAUUGGUUUCCGGACAAAACAAGUUGCCGGAGCAUUACUAGACCAGUGGUGAACUACAAAGCUUAUGGUAAAGUUCGUGAUUUCAACAUUGAUUCAGGGAAGAGAUGUUACAAUUUUACAACAAAUAAGGAUCAAGAGUAUCUGAUAAGGGGCACAUUUCUUUAUGGGGAUAGAGAGGGGACACCUCUGGGAUCAUCCUUCAAUGUUUGGAUUGGUGUCACACCUUUAAGUGUAGUGAACUCUUCUGAGGACUCAGUGGUGGAGGGAAUUUUUAGAGCUGUUGAUGAUCAAACAGACUUCUGCUUAGUGAAAGAUAAGGGGAAUCCUUACAUUUCACAGCUUGAAUUGAGGCCGUUGAAUGAACCAGAGUAUUUACAUGGGCAAAAUUCUAGUGUUCUGAAAGUGGUUGGUAGAUUUGAUCUAGGCAGAAGUGAUAAGGAGAACAGUUUCAGGUACCCAGAUGACCCUUAUGACAGAAUUUGGUCACCAAAAUUGAAUCCUGAACAAACAACCCAUAGCAUAUCAUCCAACACCACUAUUUCCAACAACGCUAGUACAGUUACAGUGCCUCUCCAGGUUCUACAAACAGCUUUAAACACCAGCUUAGACCACUUGACAUUCCUCCAUACUGAUCUUGACUCGGGAGAUUACAACUACACUAUCAACCUCUACUUUCUUGAGCUCCAAGACUCUGUUAAGAAUUCAAGCCAAAGGGUGUUUGAUAUUUACAUCAACAAUGAGAAGAAACAAAACAAGUUUGACAUUUUGGCUGGUGGUUCCAACUAUGCGAAAGUUGUUUUGAAUGUUACUGCAAAUGGGCAUCUUAACUUGACCUUAGUUAAGGUUCUAAAUGGGUCUGAGUUUGGACCCAUUUGUAAUGCCUAUGAGAUCUUACAGGAGCAUGCAUGGGUUCAAGAGUCUGACAAAGAAGAUGUGAAUGUGAUAGGGAAAGUGAGAGAUGACUUAAAGAUGGACAACAAAGAAAAGAAGGUGUGGGAGAGUUGGUCAGGAGACCCAUGUCUUCCUAUUCCAUGGGAAGGUCUUACUUGCAACUCCAUUAAUGGUUCCACUGUCAUCACUGAGUUAAAUCUUCCCUCAAGAAAACUUCAAGGGGUUCUUCCUAUCAGUGUCACUGAGCUGGUUCAUCUAGAAAAAUUGAACCUGAGCUACAAUGAAUUUACAAAUGUGAUCCCGGAAUUUCUAUCAUUUUCCAUGCUGAGAUCAGUGGACCUGAGUCACAAUGAUUUUACUGGGAGGCUUCCUGAUUCUCUUAUCCUGCUUCCACAUUUGAAAACAUUAAACUUUGGAUGCAAUCCUCAUCUUGACAUUCCUUCCACGUUUAACAUCUCCAGAUUAACCACAGACGGUGGAACAUGUAGUAGUCAAGGAUCAACACAUAAAGGAAUCAUCAUUGGCUCUGUAGCAUGUGGAAGCAUCCUAUUUACUAUUGCAGUUGGAGCUGUUUUAUUUUGUUUCUACAAACGAAAAUUCAUGGCUCGGAGAACAUUAGAUGUCCAGAAUUUAAUUUGUUUAGUUUUUCAUAUUUUUUAG